AUGUAUCGAAACACCAUUAACUCGCUAUUUUGCGCUGGUUUCGCCUCUUCCGCUGCAACCUCCAACAUCAACAGUACAUUCGACUGGGAUUAUGCCGUUGGAAAGGCUAAUGAUGUUCUGGCCGAACUCACGGUCGAAGAGAAAACUGCUGUCGUUACUGGUGCGAACCCUUUGACUGGACUUGGAUGCAUCGGUAGCAUCGGCGCAAUCCCACGUCUCAACUUCUCUGGAAUUUGUUACUCAGACGGAUCAUCUGGCGUGAACCGCGCCGAUCUUACCAGCGUCUUUCCAGCUGGAUUGACGACUGCCGCAACAUGGGAUCCGGAUUUGAUGUAUCGACGUGCCGUAGCCUUGGGCGAAGAGUUCAAAGCGAAAGGCAUGCAUGCCUGCCUUGGUCCCGUUGCUGGUCCGCUUGGGCGCCACCCACUGGGCGGUCGUGUGUGGGAAGGGUUCUCUGCAGACCCUUUUCUCACUGGCAUCGCCAUGGACCACUCUAUUCGAGGCUUGCAAAGCACCGGUGUUCAGGCAAUCGCAAAGCACUUUAUUGGCAACGAGCAAGAGACGCAAAGGACGAAUGUGACGCUUCCAGAUGGAUCCAAUAUCGACGCAGUUUCGUCUAAUAUAGAUGAUCGCACUCUCCAUGAGCUGUACCUGUGGCCGUUCAUGGAUGCUGUUCAUGCGAAGACAGCUGCAGUAAUGUGUAGCUACAACCGUUUCAAUCAGACAUACCUUUGCGAGCACUCCAAGCUCUUGACUGGCAUCCUCAGAGAAGAGCUGGGGUUUGAGGGCUAUACCGUCUCCGAUUGGUAUGCUACGCAUUCAACUGCCGCCUCCAUCAACGCUGGUCUGGACUUGGAGAUGCCUGGCACAACCGUGCCCGGACAAGGCGUUUCUUGGUUCGGAGACCACGUCAAGACAGCCGUUGAUGAUGGCAGUGUUUCAACAGAUAGGCUGGAUGAAAUGGUCCGUCGAAUCUUGACCCUUUACUACCUACUGGGACAAGACGACAGCAGCUUCCCGAGUCUCGACCCCUCAAGCCUCUCUGUCAUUGCAUCUCAGUAUCAACAAGACUUGGGCGAUCUCGUCGCCAACCCACCCGCAAGAGACGUUCGAGGUGACCACGCGAAGCUCAUUCGAGAAAUCGGGGCUGCAGGGGCUGUGCUGUUGAGGAAUGUCAACGGCACGCUGCCGCUCACCAACCCUCAGAAUAUUGGAGUCUUUGGUAAUGAUGCUGGCGACUUGACUGACGGUCUCGUCUAUCAAGACCCCCCUGCGACAAACGUAGGCUUCGAGUACGGAACUUUGGACAUUGGCGGGGGCUCCAGCAGCGUUCGACACACGUACGUGGUAACACCACUGGAUGCCAUCAAGGAGCGCGCCAAGGACAUCGGUGCCCGUGUGCAGUAUAUCCUCAACAACGAUCGCCUCGCCGCUGGUGACUUCCACAGCAUCUAUCCCACACCCGAUGUCUGCAUUGUCUUCCUCAAGACGUUUGCUGCGGAGGGUUUCGAUCGAGUCUCAUUUGAAGCGGAUUGGAACUCUACAUCGGUGGUCACACAGGUUGCAAAUAUGUGUAACAACACUGUAGUGGUCACUCAUUCUGUCGGCAUCAACACCAUGCCAUGGGCAAGUCAUCCCAAUGUUCGCGCGAUUAUCGCUGCCCAUCUACCUGGCGAGCAAACCGGCAACUCAAUUGCGGAUGUCCUCUGGGGCGAUGUAAAUCCGUCCGGCAGACUGCCAUACACCAUACCUGCCGCCGAGGAGGAUUACAACAUUCCCAUCACUAACCUCACCAGCGAUGAGGUGACCUCGCCUGACGCCUGGCAAUCCAACUUUACUGAAGGGUUGAUGAUUGAUUAUCGCCACUUCGACGCAAUGGAUAUUAAACCUUUGUACGAGUUCGGGUUUGGGCUCAGCUACACCACAUUUGAGCUGGAGUCAGAUCUUUCCGCAGAGCUUCUGGCAGACGCGGUGCCAGAGCCGGCUCGCGCGAGCAAUCAGUCGUCUAUUCCCCUCGGCGACCUUUUCGCGCCAGUUGCCAACGCGACGGUACAAGUGUCCAACACCGGCAACCGAGGCGGCGCAGCCGUUGUGCAGCUAUACAUGUCGAUGCCCAGAGACUCGGCGCCUCCUGGUACCCCUAUCAGGGUUCUCCGGGGGUUCUCCAAGGUCGAACUUGGUCCAGGAGAGAUCCGCGAUGUCGCUUUUGAGUUGAAUCGCAGAGACCUCAGUUUUUGGGAUACUAGUGCUCAGACAUGGCGCAUCCCAACGGGCAAGUUCCAACUCGACGUUGGUUUUAGCUCCAGGAACCUGCCAAAAUCAGCCGAGCUGUACAUUCUCAACCCUGAGAAACAUGCGCCGCUUGCGCAUGCCCCGGCAGCAGCAGCAGCAGCAGCGAUAGUAGACCGAACCGCAGCAACGGCCCUGCCUGCGGCCUUGACAGGUACCUCGAAAGGAGGGGGGAGUACACCAACGAAACCAUCUGCCACGGGGGAGAGAACAGAUUAUUCCGCCGCACAGGAGCAGUACGAGCUCGCCGAUUACUCGCACAUUCGGGCGCGCCAGGAGCUUCAAGACAAAGAGGCGAGGCGAGCUACAAAGUACACCACCAAGCUCGCUGAGCUCGAAGAGGCAUUCGAAAUGAAGUUCGCUCAUUCUAUCCAGUUCAAUGCUGUGCCGGACUGGACCAGCCAUUACAUCGCCUACAGCAACCUCAAGAAGUUAAUCUACCAGCUCGAGAAGACAGUCCAUCAGUCUAGCGCACAGAAUGGGGACGCCGAGUCGAGACCCCUGAUACAGUCCGAGGACCCAGACGCCGUUUUCAAGCGUGCGCUGGACGUCGAGCUCGAGAAGAUCAGCUCCUUUUACCAGCUCAAGGAGAGGGAGCUCAACGACGACGUGAACGACCUCCUACGUGACAUCGGGGAUUUCGAAUCGGAGGAAGAUGAGGACAACGAUAGGCCCGUGACACGGAGCGCCAACGGGCCAAGUCGGCAGAUGGACCGAGCUCGGCAGGGCCGUCGCCCGAGCUCACACAGCCAGCACUCGACCGAGGAUGGCGUGGAGGACAGUGACGAUGAUGAAGACGGCGACGAGACCACGGCGCUCACUGCGCCCACCUCACGGAAGCGCCGCGUGAGCUUGCUCGGCGGACGGCGGAAGUCGCUGGCCGGUCCAGCGACGGAUUUGACGGCGUCCACGGAACUGACCCGAUCGCGGCGGCUGAGCCUAGGCUACGAUGACUACGAGCAGGCCGUCGUGUACUCGGGCGGGAUCAUGCUGAAAAAGCGCAUUAUCUCUCUCUACGUGCAGCUAUGCGAGCUGAAGAGCUUCGUCCAGCUGAACAAGACUGGGUUCAGGAAGGUGCUCAAGAAGUUCGACAAGAUCCUCGACCGCAACUACAGGCCACUGUACAUGGACAAGUACGUCGAGCCGGCGUACCCGUUCCAGCACGGCACAUUGAGGGGACUCGAGGAGACCAUCUCCAAGAUGGAGAAGGCCUACACGGACAUCGUGACGAACGGUGACUAUGAGGCCGCCAAAAAAGACCUACGGUCUCACCUCCGUGAGCACGUCGUGUGGGAGCGCAACACCGUGUGGAGAGAUCUCAUCGGCAUAGAGAGGCGCGCCGAGGCAGCCAGUCUCGGCCAGACGCUGUUGGGCACCGGCGGCAAGCCGCUCAAGACACGGUUGCAAGGAGACGAUGAGCAGUUCCCUGAUACUAAGGAGAUCUCAACGCCGAUCGGCAGGUUCACGUGCCCGGUAUGGCUCUUCAGCUCGGGCAUGUUCUUCCUCCUUACUGCUCUGGUCGUCUUCUUCGUCUUGCUGUUCAUCCCGAUCAUGACGAAGCCGGAGCAGCAGAAUUGUCUGGCCAUGCUGGUCUUUGUCAGUUUACUUUGGGCCACAGAGGCGAUACCUUUAUUUGUCACAUCCCUAAUGAUACCCUUCCUUUGCGUCGUCCUUAACGUGGUCGUAACAGAAAGCAAGCCGAGGGAGAGGCUUAAUUCCAAGGAUGCCACGGCCUACAUCUUUGCUGCGAUGUGGACUCCGGUCAUCAUGCUGUUGAUUGGUGGCUUCACGCUCGCUGCGGCUCUGUCCAAGUGCAAGAUCGACAAGCGCAUCGCGACAUUCGUUCUGGCCAAGGCCGGCACGAAGCCGAGCACAGUAAUUCUCGCGAACAUGUUGGUCGCUGCCUUCGCCAGUAUGUUGGUCAGCAAUGUUGCAGCUCCUGUUCUGUGCAUCUCUAUCAUCGAGCCUAUGCUACGAAACCUCCCCUCAGACUCCAACAUGUGCAAGGCCCUCCUGAUGGGAAUUGCGCUUGCAUCCAACAUCGGCGGAAUGCUCAGCCCCAUCGCAUCCCCUCAAAAUGUUGUCGCAAUGGGCAUCAUGGUGCCGGAGCCUGGGUGGGGCCAGUGGUUCUUUAUUGUUAUCCCUGUCGGCAUCAUCUCCAUCGUGCUCAUCUGGAUUCUGUUGUUGGUGACCUUCCAUCCCGGCCGGGGGACCACAAUCGUGCCCAUCCGCGAGCACAAGGAGAAGUUCACCGGCGUCCAGUGGUUUGUGACCAUCGUGACGGUCGCCACUAUAGCGUUGUGGUGCGCGAGCCACCAGCUCGAGGGCGUCUUUGGUGACAUGGGUGUCAUCGCGAUCAUUCCCAUUGUGCUGUUUUUCGGAGUCGGCAUCCUGACAAAGGAGGACUUCAACAACUUCCCCUGGACCAUCAUCAUCCUUGCCGCUGGUGGCCUAUCACUCGGCAAGGCCGUCAAAUCAUCCGGCCUGCUCGAUACGGUCGCGAUAGCCAUAUCCCACCGUGUCGAGGGCAUGAGCCUGUACGGCGUGCUAGUCGUGUUUUCAGCCCUUAUCCUCGUCAUCGCCACAUUCAUCUCGCAUACCGUCGCCGCUCUGAUCAUCCUGCCCUUGGUGUACGACGUGGGUGCAAGCAUGGAUGAGCCACAUCCCAACCUACUGGUCAUGGCUGGUGUGCUAAUGUGCUCUGCGGCAAUGGCGCUGCCGACGAGCGGAUUCCCCAACAUGACUGCCAUUAUGAAAGAGGACGCCACGGGUCAGAGAUACCUCCAGGUCAAGCACUUCAUCAGUAGGGGCGUGCCGAGCAGUCUUAUCACGCUCGUCGUUGUGGUGACGCUUGGUUACGGGGCGAUGAGAGUCAGUGGAAUCAUUCCGAGUCCCUGCUGCACGGCCAGCGGCGCACCGGUCGCAGCCAUGCUCUCCGCAUUCACAGCUCGGUCCAUCAUCGAGCUCAAGCAGAGGGACAAGUCCAAGAUAGAGACGAUACUUGCUUAUGGCGACCGCGUUCUCGUCGGCCUCAACACGGGCAGCCUACGUGUCUACCGCCUGAACGACCUCGAGCCUCCAUCACCACAAGUGAAACCUACCAAUGGAUCGUCCGCCUCCCAGGGCAACGCUGCUGUUGGGUUCGAUGCCGCCGUCCAACAGGCGCCGCCUCCCAGCGAGACCGCAGCGAAGGAGCCCGCUACGAAAGAGACCGCUACGAAGGGGCCGGCCGCUAAGAAGCCCACCGACCUUCUCCGCGAAGUCGAGAAGUUCUCCAACCGCGCAAUCGAGCAGCUCGCCAUCAUAAAGGAGGCUAGCACGCUGGUGUCGCUGUCAAACUACGCCAUCUCGCUGCACGACCUGCAAACCUACGAGCUCGUCGACGGGUGUGCACCGCUGCCCCGCACCAAGAAUGCCUCGUGCUUCGCCGUCACGAGCAACAUCGUGCGGGACACGGAGACGGGCAUCCCAGAGAUAAUCAGCCGGAUGGCCGUCGCGGUCAAGAGGAGGCUGCUUCUGUGGAGCUGGCACGAGAGCGAGCUGGCGCCCGACGUCGGCGAGGUGGUGCUGGCCGAGGCGAUACGGACGGUGACGUGGGCCAGCGCCACCAAGGUCGUCUGCGGCAUGAACUCAGGCUACGUUCUAGUAGACGUAGUGUCGCACGAGGCCGAGGACGUCGUCGCACCGGGCGCCAUCGCCGGUGGUCAGGGCAACCGAUUCGGGGCCAUGAGCAGUGCCGGCAUGGGCUACAUGGGCCUCGGGGGCUACGUCCCGCGGCCGCUCGCCACCAAGCUCGCCGACGGCCAGAUGCUACUGGCAAAGGACAUCAACACGCUGUUCAUUACAGACGAGGGCAAGCCGCUGCCCAACAAGCGGCAGAUCCCUUGGCAUAGCGCCCCCGAGAGCGUCGGGUACAGCUACCCCUACAUCCUGGCCCUGCAGCCGCCGGCCAAGGGCACCCUAGAGGUGCGGAACCCGGACACCCUGAACCUCCUACAGAAUAUCAGCCUCCCCGGGGCGGCCAACCUGCACUUCCCUCCACCAACGGUCAGCCUCGCGCAUGCGGGCAAGGGUUUCCAUAUCAGCAGCGACAGGGCGGUAUGGAAGAUGGACGCGACGGAUUACGACAGCCAGAUCGAGGAGCUAGUCAGCUCCGAAAAGUAUGACGAGGCGAUUAGUGUGCUGGGGAUGCUUGAGGAUGCGCUGCUCAAAGAUAAGACUGAAACAAUGAGGGAGGUCAAGAUGCUGAAGGCCGAGGUGCUGUUCCGCCAGAAGAAGUACCGCGAGUCUAUGGAUCUGUUCAACGAGGAUGCGGUGCACGCGCCGCCCGAGAGAGUGCUGCGGCUCUUCCCGAGAUCAAUUGCGGGAGACUUGUCCGGGCAUAGCGACGACAAGGACAGCGGCAGUGAGUCGGAGCCGGAUGAGACCAACGAGAAGUCGACUGAGCCACAGGAUGGUGAGCAUGCUAGUAAGGAUGCCGAUGCGGCUUCUACGGCUGCUGAGGAGACUUUGUCUCCGGCUACAAUGGGGUCAGGCUUUGCCAGAAUGCUCCUAGGACACCGCGGCAAAGCCAAAGACCCAGAGACAGCGUCGGUUGACUCAUCUGCGAAACGCGCAGUGGAUAAUGAUGACGCUGUGAGUGUCAAAAGUAAAUCGUCAAAAGCAGGCGAUGACAGCAAAACGCUAGAAGGCAAGGACUUGAAGGAGGCUGUGCUCGAGCUCCGAGGCUUCCUCGCUGGGACGCGCGCACGUCUCCAGCGUGUCCUGGACCCUGUCAGCGGCAAGCUCAAGACAAAGCUAUCACAGUCUGGCUCGAGCGAGGAGGCCCUGAAGAGCCUGAUCAGCACAACCGGCGCCAGGGACGUGUCGGAUGACGUGCUAGAGCAACAGCUCCAAGAGACGUUCAAGAUCGUGGACACGUGCCUGUUCCGCGCAUACAUGUUCUCUGCGCCGACGCUAGCCAGCUCGCUGUUCCGCAUCCCCAACUUCUGUGACCCGGACGUAGUCAACGAGAAGCUGGUGGAGCACGACAGGUACAACGAGCUUGUGGACUUCUUCUACGGCAAGCGGCUACAUCGGCAGGCGCUGGAGCUGCUCAAGCGAUUCGGCGAGGGCGAGGAGCCCGACGAGCGCGCACCGUCGCUACACGGCCCGGCCAGGACCGUCGGAUACCUGCAGAACUUGCCGCCUGAGAUGAUCGACCUGAUCCUUGAAUUUAGCGAGUGGGCGCUGCGUCGCGCUCCCGACAUGGCGAUGGAGAUUUUCCUUGGUGACACCGAGAACGCCGAGACGCUACCGCGCGAGCGGGUCGUGAGGUUCCUCGACGCCAUCGACACACGCCUCGAGGUCACAUACCUCGAGCACAUCAUCAAUGAGCUCAACGACCUCACGCCCGAGUAUCACGAGCGCCUGGUCGACCUGCUGGUGAAGCAGCUUAAGGGCAGCAGCGACCGGGACGCAGAGUGGGAGAUGGACAUGAUCAGGCUAAUCGGAUUCCUCAAGGGGUCGAGGCAGUAUAGCCUGACCCGGGCCUUCACGCUGCUGAAGGGCGAUGAUCCGGCUUUCUAUGAAGCCCAGGCUAUCGUCCUGAGCAACAUGGGCGAGGACAGACAGGCGCUCAUGAUCUACGUCUUCAAAAUGCAGGACUAUCACAAAGCAGAAGAGUACUGCAACCGUGUCCAUAUAUCCAAAGAAGUGCCCAAAGAAGUGUCUAGGCCGCCCUCCUCAGGGGCGACAGGUUCUCCUGGCGCAUUCAAAGCAAAUAAGCCCUCCCCGGUGUACGAGGAGAAGAAGGACGAAUCAGGCCCGUCCAUCUACCAGACCCUGCUGUCACUGUACCUCAACCCGCCGCCGCCAAACAAGCCAAACCUCCCACCGGCGCUGAGCCUUCUGUCUAAGCAUGGCUCGCGCCUCCCCGCCGCGUCCACGCUGUCCCUGAUCCCGGACACGCUACCGGUGUCGGACCUAGUCUCGUACUUCCAGGGCCGCAUCCGCUCGGCCAACUCGGCCGUCAACGAGAGCCGCAUAAUUGCGGGGCUGCGGCAGACGGAGCUGGUGGCCAGCCAGGCGCUGCUGCUACUGGGCGACGGCGUGCCUGGAGGCCAGGGCGGGCGCAACCGAAGGGUGAUCAUCAGCGACGAGAGGGUGUGCGGCGUGUGCCACAAGCGGCUGGGCGGCAGCGUCGUCGCGGCGCUGCCCGAUAACUCGGUGGUGCAUUAUGGGUGCCUCAACCGGAGCGAGAGGGCCUUCUCGUCGGCAGUCGGGAGUGCGGGCGCGGGCACCGGCAUGAGCGAGAGCGUGCGUAGGGCGUCGACUUGGUCCAACGCCUCGAGCUGGUCCAACCCGCCCAUGAGCACGACGACUGGGCCUUGGAAGACUGGGAGGAGCGGCGGAGGUUGGGGUGCUCCUCCUUCGCGCGGGGGGUUCGAUGGUUGA